AUGGCCACUGUUGUAGCACCAACCCCUGCAGGGCAUGCAUUUGAGCCAGUGAACCUCGUUCAUUCACGUGGUUGGCCAUAUAAAGAUACAACGCUAUCAAAAGAUGGCCACGACAGAGUGCCUUUCUUCCAGCAUAGGCUGGAUGAUGGCGCUCGUGUUCUAGGAAACGGCCGUGUAGACAUCCAUAUCGACCCGCACAAACCCAGCAUCGCAGGGCUAUUGAACCACAUCCAACCCCCGAACAUAUAUUCUGAUCGAAACAACGAACAGAUAGCCAGUACGGAAAAGCCUUUUGCAAGAGAUGAGCAUUUUCCACUGCACUUGAAUAUCGUCAUCCAAGUAAUUGGUUCUCGAGGCGACAUUCAACCGUUUGUUGCACUUGGGAGAGAACUGAAAGCCCACGGUCACCGAGUCAGAUUGGCCACACAUUUAACUUUUCGGCAAUUUGUUCUUGAUAGUGGAUUGGAAUUUUUCAACAUUGGAGGAGAUCCGACGGAACUGAUGGCUUUCAUGGUAAAAAAUCCAGGCCUUUUACCGGGGUUCAAGGCAAUACGCAGUGGAGAAAUCCAAAAGCGUCGGCGUGAGAUGAGGCAAAUUUUCAAUGGAUGUUGGCGAUCUUGCUUUGAAAAGGGUGAUGGGACCCACCUUCACCAUAUCAAAGAAGACCCAUGGAGCAAUGCCUUGGAUUUUCGAGAACGGUCUUUUGUUGCGGACGCUAUUAUAGCCAAUCCCCCUAGCCUGGCCCAUAUUCAUUGUGCACAACGACUAGGGAUUCCUCUCCAUAUUAUAUUCACGAUGCCUUGGUCACCAACUCAGUCAUUUCCCCACCCAUUAGCAAAUGUUCAUUCCCAGAACUGCAAGCCGACUCUUGCAAAUUUUAUGUCCUAUAAUGUUGUUGAUGUGAUGGUAUGGGAAGGGUUGGGAGAUAUUCUAAACACCCUCCGCAAAAACACUUUAUCACUCCAACCUCUAGACACAGUGACCGCCUCGAGCAUACUCCACCGACUACAUGUGCCGCAUACAUAUCUCUGGUUAGGAAGGUCUCCUUCGUUACUGCCUAAGCCUCCUGAUUGGGCUGAUAACAUCGAUGUCUGUGGCUUUGGCUUUCUUUUGUCAGAGAGCAACUACACGCCACCACGGGAAAUCGUUUCAUUUCUUGAUGCAGGACCAAAACCAAUAUAUGUUGGAUUUGGCUCGAUUGUAGUUGAUAAUCCUGACAGAUUAACGAAGACUAUUUUUGAAGCGGUCAAAAAAACUGGACAGCGGGCUCUCGUCUCGAAAGGUUGGGGGAACCUGGGGGCCGACGAAGUACCAGAAAAUAUUCUUUUGAUUGGAAACUGCCCUCACGAUUGGCUCUUUCGUCAGGUUUCAUGCGUGAUACAUCAUGGAGGUGCCGGUACUACCGCAGCUGGCCUCGUCUUAGGUCUACCGACGAUAAUUAUCCCAUUUUUCGGAGAUCAGCAAUUUUGGGGAAAUAUCGUUGCACGGGCCGGAGCAGGACCAUCCCCGAUACCAUAUAAACGGUUGAACAGUCAGAAUCUCUCAGACGCAAUACAGAAAGCGCUGGAGACAAGUAUACUGGACAGAGCACAGUCGAUUGCGACAAAAAUGCACGAAGAGUCUGGCGUGCGCCAUGCGGUGAAUAGCUUCUACCGAAAUCUUGACCUCCAGCGAUCCAGGUGCUCUAUAGUCCCUAAUCAGCCAGCUGCUUGGCAUCUCAAACAUACCAGUAUCAACUUGAGUGCCUUUGCAGCAACAGUCCUGGUGAAAUCUGGGAAGAUAAGCCCGGACAUGCUCGUGCUUCACCGUCCUAUUGAAUAUGAUACAUUCAUGGACCCUGCCAACCCACUUACUGCUGGUGCUCUGGUGCUCUUUGGAGUCCUUACGAAAUUCGUGACUAGUUUCGUAGAUGCUCCAAGAGAGAUUGUGAGUGAUCUUGCUUCUGCUGUCCGCGCAACACGUCAUCCCCACGAACAUUUUGAUCGCCGCGAAGCAUGUCGGGCUGCAAUUUCUUCGCUGGAUCAAGCCUCUCCAGAAUACAGUAUUGAGAGCGAAGAAUCACCUAUCGAAAAUGAGACAUGGCAAUUACGAAUUGAGAAUAAUGAACAGGGAGCUGGAGAGCCCCGAGAAGAUGAAAGUACACAGGAAGACACUGGAGAGGAGGAGAAUAGAGACCAUGUCAAUGAAAUGGCUCGAGUUCGGAGCAUAGAGCGCAAAAGAAGUCUUCAACUUGACAAGGCAAAGACAAUGAGCAGCUCUAUACCCCCUUCUAAACCAUCUAGAUUCAUCGUUUUGCACGAAGCUGCGUUGCAUGGAAGCAAAAUGUCCAAGAAACUGAUGAAGGUCAUCAUAUGGUUACCAGCCGAUUUCUCACUGGGCAUGGCUAGAGGUUUCCACAACGCACCCAAAUUAUAUCACGAUUUGACAGUGGUCGACACCCCCCAGGUAGUAGGUCUUCAAAGCGGCUUAUCAGCAGCAGGAAAGGAGCUCCGAGACGGUUUUUACUUCGGUAUCACAGGCAUAGGAGCACAUCCACGCGAUGGUUUCAAAAAUGAAGGUGCGAAGGGGCUCUUCAAAGGGAUCGGGAAAGCAAUGGGAGGUCUGUUUCUCAAACCAGCAGCAGGGCUAUGGGGUCUUGCGGGAUAUCCAUUGAGCGGGAUGCUCAGAGAUAUCAACGACUCUCUGGGCAGACAUCAAAAAUGCAUGAUUGUAAUGGGUCGCAUUUCGCAGGGACUCGAAGAAAUGCGAGAGUUCACCCCCGAGGAUAGGGCAGAAGUAUCCACGGCAUGGAAUAAGAUUGAACACGACUUGAAAAAGUCGAAAUAA